AUGCUUCCCCACGUAGGAGCACAUUCAUCUCCCGAACUUAAUAUGCCGAAAGAACUCUCAGUGAGUAGAUGUUACACACUGCCAACAAGCACUACAAGGUUUGAAAACUAUUUCCGUUAUUGGAAAGGUCGCGCAUGCGGUUUGGACUACAUAUCUCCAUUUUUAGAGUCAGAGGAUUGGCGACCAGCUGAGGAUCGUCGUUACCAGCGCAUUUACUGGGGGCCGGAGUUCCUCUCGAUUACACCUUCGUGCCGACAUGCCGCGAAUUUCAUGCUGUCAGCUUAUAGGUGA